GGCAACAGACCCCUCAUAUCACUCAGAGGUCUCCUCUCUCUCACCCCACUCCUCUACCCUCCUUACUUCCUUUGUGCCCAUCUCUCCAUCCAUUCAGACUUCUUUCUUCAACACACUAUGGACGUCUUUUCACCAUCCCAGGUCUACUACGACAGAGCGUGCGCUUCAUCUCCAGACAGCCUGGAGUUUGGCCCCAGUGGAGAGCUCACUGGCUCUGAGGAGGAUGAACACGUCAGGGCCCCCGGAGCCCCUCACCAGCCUGGACACUGCCUCCAGUGGGCCUGCAAGGCCUGCAAGCGCAAGUCCAACUUUGUGGACCGCAGACGGGCUGCCACCAUGCGUGAGCGCCGGCGGCUGAAGAAAGUUAACCAUGCUUUUGAGGCUUUGAGGCGCUGCACCUCGGCCAACCCCAGCCAACGUCUGCCCAAGGUGGAGAUCCUGCGCAACGCCAUCCAGUACAUCGAGAGCCUGCAGGACUUGCUACAUGAGCAGGUGGAAAACUACUACGGCCUGCCUGGAGAGAGCAGCUCGGAGCCUGGGAGCCCUCUGUCCAGCUGCUCUGACGGCAUGGUUGACAGCAACAGUCCAGUGUGGCAACAGCUGAAUGCAAACUACAGCAACAGUUAUUCAUAUGCAAAGAACGAGAGUUUGUGCGAUAAGACAGUCGGAGCCUCCAGUCUGGAGUGCCUCUCCAGCAUCGUGGACCGUCUGUCCUCGGUGGAGUCCAGCUGCGGACCGGCAGCUCUGAGAGACACGGCCACCUUCUCCCCCGGCAGCUCCGACUCACAGCCCUGCACGCCGGAGAGCCCCGGAUCUAGGCCCGUCUACCACGUCCUGUGAAGGAAACUUGGCUUUGACGUGGAUUUGUAGCCACAGGCGGGCAAACAGCAGCUGCAUUUGCAACAAGAGAUAAGAACUAGUUUUGUGCAAAUCUGAAGGUGACUCAGCUGAAUCUGAGGACCUGUGGCAAGCAGAUUUUAUAUUGUACAUGAGAUUGUAAAUAUGUAAUGUAAAUGCCCAUUUAUUCUAUACAUGCUAUAUACCCAAUGAGACAUAUUUAAUUAUGACAGUUAAUGUAAUGUUGCAUUAUUCCAACAUGAAGUGGUAUUUAAGCAGUUUGAAUUUCUUACUUUCCAUGUUGUUGUGAACAUUAAAUCUUUCACUGUUUUGUAUAAAA